ACAGACUCGUGGAGAGAUAUGGAUCUCGCCCAUGCGUAACGCAUUUGGUCUGCUUUUGAAGUACAGUGGGUUUCAAUGCUAUCAACACGUCUGACUGUUUCUCAAGGAGUAUCUUGGAUGUCGCUUGCCAGACAACAGGAGAAAAUUGUACUUGUGAAGAGCGCUCGUCAGUGAAGCGACCCUGAUAUUGAGCAAUGGCUGGAAGAAGAUGCUGCCGUUACAGCAGCACACGCCAAGAGGCUGAAAACUGAAGAAAAGUCAAACAGGGCACAGAGGUUCCAGUCUGGACAAAGACGGCAUUCUAUUUACCUUCAAUUGAUUGUGAGCUCCCGCUGAUCUCCAAUAUUUAAAAUGGGGUUGUCAUGGAAACUGCUGGUGCUGCAAUUAUUCAUAGGGUGCCUUUCAGAAGGCAGCAGUCCUCUGAGACCAGUAUUCACCAAACAGCCGGGAAGUAUUGUGUUCCCUCUACAUCUUAAUGAGCCCAGCCGAGAGGUCACCUUCAGCUGUGAGGCCCAGGGACAUCCACCGCCAUCGUACAGGUGGAAAGUGAAUGACAGCUUCAUUUCCCCUCAACCUGGCUCUCGAUACAGCAUCUCAGGAGGAAACCUGCGAAUCAGCCAGCUCAAUAAAGACGAUGCUGGUAUUUACCAAUGUCUUGCCUCCAACUCUUUUGGGAUCAUUCUCAGCAGAGAGGCUAGCCUCCACAUCGCUUUUCUGGAGGACUUUAAAACCCAGAGAAGGAGUCCAGUAAGUGUGAGAGAGGGACAGGGUGUGGUUCUGCUCUGUGGUCCCCCACCGCAUAUGGGAGAGCUGACCUUUUCCUGGAUCUUCAACGAAUAUCCCUCAUUUGUGAAGCAGGACACUCGCCGCUUUGUGUCACAGAAAACGGGCAACCUGUACAUCGCUAAAGUGGAGCCUUCAGAUGUUGGGAACUACACUUGUGUUGUGACCAAUACAGUGACCCAAAGCAGAGUGCAGGGACCUCCAACACCACUUGUGCUCCGCAGCGAUGGCAUUAUGGGAGAAUAUGAGCCAAAAAUUGAGGUUCAGUUUCCAGAGGUCUUGGCUGUUGCGAAUGGGUUAAUGGUCAAACUGGAGUGCUUUGCUUUGGGAAAUCCAGUUCCUGCAAUAAGCUGGAGAAGACCAGAUGGAGUUCACUUUCCUAGAAAAGUGGACAUUAGCAAGUCCAGUGGGGUGCUGGAGAUUCCUUAUUUCCAACAGGAAGACGCAGGGCAGUAUGAAUGCGUGGCGGAGAACUCCAGGGGCAAAAACACAGUCAAGGGACGACUCUCUUUCUAUGCACCCCCUCAUCUGCUGGAGAACCCUCAGGAUGUACACAAGGCCAUCGACGAAUCGCUGCUGUGGGAGUGUAAGGCAAGCGGCAAGCCCAAACCCUCUUACAGGUGGCUGAAGAACGGAGAGCCACUGGAGUCAUUUGAGGACAGAAUCCAGGUGGUAAACGGGGCAUUGUCCAUCAGCAGUCUGACCCUGUCAGAUGCAGGGAUGUACCAGUGUAUCGCUGAAAACCGACAUGGCCGAGUGUUUGCUAAUGCUGAACUCAAAGUCAUUGCGGUGGCACCAGAUUUCUCCAACAGUGUGCUGAAGGCACAGAUAUUGGCUCGGCAGGGUGGGGAUGUUUUGAUUGAGUGCAGGCCCCGCAUGUCCCCACAUGGGAUGAUCUCCUGGAGGAAAGGCAAAGAAGCCCUGCGAGAGAGCCACAGAGUCUCAGUGUUGGACAAUGGCAGUCUCCGGAUAUCCAACAUCACCAAAUUAGAUGCAGGUCUGUACACUUGUGUGGCAAGAAACCAGUUUGGAGUGGCAAGCAGUGCUGGCACACUCGUGGUCAAAGAGCCAACCAUCAUCAUUUCUAAAGCCACCCAGCUGGAUGUUACAGUCGGGGAGAGUGUUGUUAUUCCAUGCCAGGUGUCUCGGGACCCCUCUCUCGACGUGAGAUUCACCUGGUUUUUCAACGAGCAGUUGAUCAAUUUUGGAAGCCAUGGAGGAUAUUUUGAAAAAGUUGGUGGGACAUCUGCUGGUGACAUAAUGAUUCGUAACAUUCAGCUAAGGCAUGCAGGAAGGUACACAUGUGCCGUACAGACUAAAGUGGACAGUGCGUCUAUUGCAACAGAUGUGGUGGUACGAGGUCCCCCUGCCCCACCGCUGGACAUCAGGGUUGAUGAGGUCACAGAAACCACAUCCUUUGUGUCCUGGAAACCAGGCCCUGAUAACCACAGUCCUGUCUUUGCAUACAACAUUCAGAUCAGAAGCCCCUUCUCUCUCGGCUGGCAGGCUGCCAAAACAGUUCCUGAGUCUCUGGGAGGAAACCAGCUGACAGCUCGUGUGGUGGAGUUGAGUCCAUGGGUUGAAUAUGAGUUCAGGGUCUUGGCCACUAACUCCAUAGGCACCGGGGAACCUAGCAAGCCCUCACAAAAAAUCAAAACCAAAGACACAUUGCCAAGGACAACCCCAGCCAGAGUCAGUGGAGGAGGUGGCAGUCGCUUGGAGCUUGUCAUCACUUGGGAGCCAGUUCCAGAAGAAUUGCAAUGUGGUCCGGGAUUUGGCUAUGUGGUGGCUUUUCGCCCUCUUGGUGGUCAGAGCUGGAUGCAGGCAGCUGUGACCUCCCCUGAUGCAUCCCAAUAUAUCUUCAAAAAUGAGAGCAUCCCUCCAUUCUCUCCAUUUCAUGUGAAAGUGGGAGUUUACAACAACAGAGGAGAAGGUUCUUUCGGACCCAUGACCACUAUAUACUCAGCAGAGGAGGAGCCAAGUCGUGCCCCUGGUCGUGUCCAUGCCAAGAGCCUGUCAGCUUCAGAAGUGGAGGUCAGCUGGAAGCCUCUACCAUGGAGUACCAGCAAAACACGUAUAAUGGGCUAUGAGCUGAGUUAUUGGAGUGUGAAGGACAGGCCGGACACAGCCAGUGUGAUGAGGACUGUUGGAAACAAGACAUCAGCUGUCAUUUGUGGGCUGGACCCGAGUAGUACAUACAACAUCAAACUCAAAGCCUAUAACAGUGCCGGCGUGGGGCCUGAUAGUGCUGUGGUCAAUGUCACCACCAGGAGACCCCCACCAAGCCAGUCUCCAGUUAAAGUUAUGUGGAACACCACAGACUCCAAACUCAUCCUAAAGUGGGAUCAUGUCAAGGCUCUGGAGAAUGAAUCUGAAGUUAUGGGCUAUAAGGUCAUGUACAAGCAAAGCAGACAGAGUCAUCCCAGCGUGGUGGAGACGAACAGCACAUCUCUUGAGCUGUCUCUGCCUGUGGAUGAGGAUUACAUCAUCCAGAUUAAACCAGUCAGCGAGGGAGGAGAGGGAAGCAGCAGCAAACAGAUUACCAUCCCCAGGAUAGCAGUUGCACAUGCGAUUGGAUUUGCCCCAGAGAGGAAAUCACUACCAGUUAUUUUAACACUGGCACUCUACGGUACGGUCAGGACUUUAUUAUGACAGAAGAACUAAUCUCUACAGUGGAGAGAACCAUACAAACAUCUACAAGUGGACCCACUUGUCCUUUUUCAGUAUGUUUUACAAACUGAGACUGUUCAUGUGGAAAGUUUUCCUCUGUUUUUUUAAAAGAGGUAGUUUGUUAACCCAGUUUUGAUUACUGACACCAAAGCUGCUGUCGAGACAAUGGUGUAAGAGCUAUUGAAUUGUUUUUGGAUAUUGUUUUUUUUUUUUUUUUUUUUU